AAGAAAUACACCCUUAUUUAUCUUGCUUUUUAAAUGUGCUCUGUUCCUUUACUCUAGACUGGGUUAACCUUACCAGAGGCUUUAAUUACAUUUCUCCUCCUCAAACUGACCACCAUAAAAAUCCAAGCCCUUGCCACAAAUCUGUAGAAAUGUUUCCACUGCAAUGGGAGACAAAAAUAGAAUAAUUCCAUGUCUUUUUGGAUGAAUGCCUAGCUGAAACUAUGCAGUGUUUGACUGACAGGAGGAUGUAGUCUUCUCAGAAAGCCUGUAAAAAAUUGUAAUGCAUGUAGUCUGUACGAAUAUUCAGGCAAGUGGAGGAAGAGUUGCAUGCACUGUUUAACCUCUGUCUUUGUUGCUUUUGUCUGAUCUUCUGCAUCAAUCAAUUACAGAAUAUUCUUGGCUGCAUAUUCCCAGAGCACAUCAUCCUAUCAAAGGAUGUUGGUCUUGGGAGAAGCACGCAAAUGAAUUGAAAUAGGCAUGGCAUUCCUUGCUCUACCAGUCCAACGCAUGCAUUUAAUCCAGAUGGAUUCUGUCCAGCGGUGGAUGGAAGACUUGAAGUUCAUGACGGAUUGUGAGUGCAUGUGUAUCCUUCAGUCCAAACCAAUCAGCAUAGAAGAAGAUGCACAGAGUGAAUUUUCCCUUUCAUCACAACACAGUGACUGUGUCAACUUGCAGUUGUUGCUGAAAAGAGCUUGGAUUAUAAGCACUGAGCUGACCAGAAUUGUACAGAAAUUAGAGAAGAACAGAUGGCAGAGAGUUCAUAGCAUGACAGUAAGGGUCAACUGCCAUGUACGUUCAAUGAUCAGUGAAUACAACACAUUCACAAAGAAUUCAUGGGAAGAGAUGAAGCAGUAUGAAACAAUGCUGGUAGAAAAAUGUUCAGAACUUACAACUGUUACUGAAAGGUGCAUACAGAUCGAAGAUGAACAGAUUCUAAAGUCUAUGAAAUCUUGUAUUAAUGACACACUGACUACAGUUGCACAGUAUUUUGGCCAAUUGAUAGAACUAGCUUUGACCCAUGAAAUAAAGAAUCUGGUGAAGGAAAUAGAUUCAUCAGAUAAUCUCUAUUCCGCUGAAUCAGCUACAAGCAACUUAUUCAGUCUGACCCAGGAAGGCUCCCAUUUGUGUCGCAUCAUUGCUAAGGAAGGAGGUAUCGUUGCCCUCUUUAAGAUCUGCCGCCAAGAUUGCUUCAGAGGCCUAUAUCCUCAGACGCUCAGGACACUGGCAUCUAUAUGUUGUGUGGAGGAAGGAAUCCAACAACUGGAAAAGGUUGACGGAAUAUUGUGCUUAACUGAUAUUCUUACCGAUACUACCCACUCUCAGGCCACUCAUGCUGAAGCAGCAGCAGUAGUAGCUCAGAUCACAUCUCCUCACCUCACCUUCACUCAACAUCUUGGCAGUUUCCUUGAGAACAUGGAGGAGAUUGUCACAGCACUUCUCAAACUGUGCCAAGAGGCCACAUCUGGAGAAGUUUUUCUACUGGCUUCGGCUGCUCUUGCCAAUAUUACAUUUUUUGAUGCGAUGGCCUGUGAGAUGUUGCUUCAGCUGGAUGCAGUAAAAAUUCUUAUAGCAGCUUGCUGCGACAAACAGAAAGUAGAUAGUCCCUAUUCCCGGGACCAGGUUGCCACAAUAUUAGCAAAUAUGUCUGUCCUGGAUCAGUGUGCUUCAGAGAUAAUCCAAGGAAAUGGUGUCGAGGUUUUGAUGGAAAUGCUGUUUGAGAAAUCGUCAUCUGGGAAUCCAGCAGAAGUUGCUGCCUGUGAAAGAGUCCAGCAGAAAAUUGCAGUUACCCUCGCCAGACUGAGCCGUGAUCCUGAAGUGGCGCAUGCAGCUAUAAAUCUUAACUGUAUCCCACACCUUAUCAAGCUUUGCAGGUCUCCAACAGAAAGAAACAACAGUGAUUCUGUUCUCGUUGCAUGUCUGGCAGCAUUGCGUCGACUAGCUGUGAUGACUCCCGCCGGCCUUCAAGAGUCAGACAUCCAGCAGUUGGUAAAACCUAGGCUGGUGGAUUCCUUUCUGCUUUGUACCAAUAUGGAAGAGAGCUUUGUAUAAACAAAUGUGGUUAUUCCAAACCAAGCCAUUAAUGUCAUACAAGAUUUCUGAGUUUGAAGAAUUAUUUAUAGUUAACUUAUUUUAGAAUCAUAAAUGUAAAAGAUAGUAUCAUUUAUUUCUGGCCCCUUUCCUCACCCUCUUCUGAGUUUUCAGAGAAAGAACCAUCACACAGAAAGCUUCCUGUAUUACAGCCAUCUCACGUCUAUAAGUUGGGGACAAGAGAAUAAUAAUAAAUACACAAUACACUUUAUUUAUAUUCCGUUCUAUCUUCCUGAGGGGACUCAGAGAGGAUUACAAUAUACAGGCAAACAUUCAGUGACUUAAUCCAGUGGAAUAAAAAGGACAUACAAAUACACAGAACAAAUGUCAUUUCCAGCUUUCUGGAGACGGUGCUCAACUCUGUCCAUGGGGAGGUGCUCUUGUUCCAUUUCCAAGCUGAGGAGCCUGUUGUCCAUAGAACCUUCUGGUUGUGUUGCCAGCAUUGCUGCAUGGGCGCCUUUAUUAUCUUCCCUCUGAAGCAGAACCUAUUGAUCUACUCACAUUUGCAUGUUUUCGAAUUGCUAGAUUGGCAGGAGGUAGGGCUUACAGCGGGAGCUCACUCCAACCUCGAGCUUCGAACUGCCAGCCUUUAGGUCAGCAGAUUCAACAGUUCAGUGGUUUAACCUGUUGCACCACUGCAGCCCUUAGAGAAAACCUGGAUAGGUAUAUGGGAGGAAGGCUCAUAAAAGGACCUUACUUAUGUAUGUUCAUAAACUGUAGAAUUCAUCUAAGGGACAAGAAACAUGUAAAGUACACCUGAGAGCCUUUUAGUAGUAGAAUGAAUAUUAUCUUUCAAAAACAUUGCUGAAGAACCUUAGAAGAGUCUUUCUUGACCAGACUAAAAACUUUAUGUUUGAGUUUCAGAAGUUACUUUUAGGAAGAAUGAAUAUCAGCAAUUGAUUUGAACUAUACAUCUUCGUGGAAUAAGAAAAUAACACUGUUUGCCACCCCUCCCCAAAUUAUGGCACUACCACCCCCCAAAUUUACUGAUUCCCUCAUCUAUUGUAUUUCCCUGUUAAUUGCUUGCUUUCAAUCCUUCCUGCCGCCUACUUGCCUGGCUUUCUUCAUACUUCAUUGCCAUUGCUACAUAUGCUGAGUCUUUCUCUCUCCUUCUUGAGGAUUGCCUUAAUCAACCAGCACAGCUCUCCACAAAACCAUCAUAAAUAAUAUUAAAAGGCACUCCAUCCACAGUGCAUGGCUCCGAAGGUCUCUGGGCAGCUUUGGGUAGCAAGGAUCUCUGAAGGACCAGACAUGAUGGUGCCAGGACCCCUGCUGUGUUUGCACUCUGUUGCCUGAGGCAUUCUUACAUUGCCAAGUGAAAAGGUCAGCUCUAGUGAUGGUCCAUAAAGGAUGACAAUAGGAUGAUGCUCUGGAAUCUAGAGAAUCAUCUUAGCACUGCACAAUUAAGGGUGGCUUCUGCAUUUCAUUAUAUUCAUUUUUCUUAAAAGUAAAUUAAGGCUAGUUCUGCGUCCUCUUUCACACUGUGAGCAACCAUGUGGAUGGGGGUGCCCUUGGAAAGAUGGAAUGGAUUCCUUUUUCUAUUACUAUCCUCAACUUUCCCCCUUAACAGGCUUCAAGACACAAAUAAACAAUUAAAAAGGGGAAAAAAGAAGGGAAAGAUUGGGAACAUCAAAAGAUAUAGUAUGUAACUGUGUAUCUGGAACUCUGUGCAGAUGGGACAAAAGGUGUAUCUGUCUGUGUACAAGAAAACACAUAAAGAGGGAAAGUUAGCCCUGCCCUCAGAUUCUUUGUUCAAAACUAGUUCCUCUUAAAGCUAUUUUUCUGUAUAAAAAAUAAGGCAUUUUGGAUGUUCCUUAGAUAGCAUAGGACAGAAGUUUGUUUGUCCCAGCUGUGUAAUAUUGCAAGAAGGGAAUGUUCAUCACAUUUUUAAAUAUUCAUGUGAGAUCAAUUUUUUUUGCAGAUUAAUAUGCCUCGGAAGAAAAGCUUUGGCUUCAGAGUAAAAUGUUUACCUUUUAAAAAAUAAAAAUAACAGUUUUAUAUAAUUAUAGUGGUAGUUGAGUUAAUAAAAUAGUAACUUUAGUGAAAUAAUGCUAACAAUGAAAAUGCUCAGAAACAAAGAGAAUACAAGGUAAACUGUAUUCAUAGUCAAACUCAUUUUUGCAAAUAAGUUUUUAUUUUAUUUUCAAAAAACAGAAUUUUAAAAAUUCAAAUAAACAAUUAAAAAGGGGAAAAAAGAAGGGAAAGAUGGGAAACAUCAAAAGACAUAGUAUGCAAGUUAUGGAGCCAUGUUAGUUAAAUAGUUCUACACGAAUCUAUUGUAUCGUCAAAGACAUAGAAGGGGAGUAUUGUUAUACAUAUUCUUUAAUAUAGAGAGCAAGUAAAGUAAAAGAAAAAUUAGUUCCAACUAUGACAUCUUCUCUAACAUGAGUGACAGUUUAUCCUUCAGGAUCCACAUCCAUUUCUUUUAUCUUCUUAUAUUGUGCUUUUUUUCUUCUCUUUUCCAUAGUUGAACUCUUGAGCAGCAAAAUUUCCUAACCAUAUAGCAGCUGGCCAGUCUAGAGCUACCCUAUGACCUUGAAGAUAGGAAUAUGUGUGUGUGUGUGUGUGUGUACACACACACACACACACACACACACAGAAAAAUAUAUAUAUAUAUAUACACACACACACACACACACACACACAUACACACACACACACACACACACACACAAACACGUGCUGUGAUGACUAAGUACUAGUAAAAAUUAUCAACAUUAGUGAGAAUAGCUUUCCUGUGACAUCUUUUAUAGUCACAUUGUCUUUGGUAGAUCAGUGGGUCUAUUACAGUUAAGGAUCUGUAGAUCUAGGAUGAUGGCUCUCCAUUUGGAAGCUUCAGUGAGAUCAGUGGGAUUUAUACCUACGUAAAUGCCUUCGUAUCCUUAUAACCUACUGAAAGCUAAGCAUGCGGAAGGAUUUGUGGCAAUGUGCCAGAUACCUAGUAGUUACACUCUUGUUUUCUAAGUGGGAUCUUUGCCAGAAACAUUCUUAUAUCAGUGAUUUCCUGUCAGGCUACUGGAAAUGUUUUAGAUAUAUGUUUAAUCACUAGAUAACUCUGGCACUGAAUGCAAUAUUAACUCUUCUUUUGCAAACUAUGUAUUCUCCAGUUGUUAACUGUAAAAUCACACUUUAGUUGAACUGGGUUUUUUUUGUCCAACCAUUUAUUUCCUUAACAAUAUUAUUUAUAUUUCAAAGCUUUUUUAAAAAAAUCCAAUAUUAAUAAAUAUUAUUUGUAUUUGAUAUACCUAGCAUCUGAUAUUCAUUUGAAAUAAAUGCUUUAACUAACAAAAUGAAAAUAAUGCCUUUGUCUGUCUAUGUUCUAAAUCCCAUUAUCUGCCAAAUGGAGGAGCUCUAGAGAAGGACAGCAAUAUGGUCAUAAUCCAAAACACAUCAGUUGAGGGCAUGUUCACAAUGGGCACUAGUGUUUUGUGGUAUAAUGUAUGAACUCCUUCUUAUGUGACUUUGUCAUGUUAAUAUAUGUGCAUGCAUAUGUGAAUAUACACAGGGUUCUAUAAAACAUGCUUCACUGUGUUUCUUUUGAGCCUAUGUUACUUGAGCCUGAGUUGACAAGCUUGAAAAUAAAAACUCAAAGAACACAA